GUCUGUGCUGGGAAGGGACGGACGGACAGACAGUGGGGAUAUGCAUUUGGUUUGUUAUUAUAGGGUCUCUCCGGGUUGCCAGGAGCUGCGCAGGCCGGUUUGUUAUUGUGCCACAGGGAUAGGCAGCUUCUUCAGACCCCUGACCUGCACUCAGCACCCCUCCCUGCGGACACCCUGCGGCGGCAACGCCGAGAACUUCUAUCCCAGCCAGUGUCUGCAGAGGAAAUGCUGCCACGCCAACGGCACCUGCUUCCACCGCGCCAUCGAUGCGCCGCGCCAGCGCCGGAACGCCGGGAUCCUGGGGGGGCUCUGCGUGGGGGCCGCCGGGCUGUUCCUCUGCGUCUGCGUCGCCUGCAGGCUGAAGGGCACCCGGGCAGCAGGGAAGGAGACUGGGAAGCCGAAGUCAACGUCGGAUGCAGAGGUGGCUGAUUAUCUGACGAAGCUGCUGGAGGAGAGUGACCAGGAGGAAGAGCCAAAAGAGGGGGGAGAGUAGGGACAGGCUGGGGGGGAGCCCCCCCUCACCUGGGCUGCUGCACCCCUCAUACAAUAAAGGGUUAAUUUCCCCCCC